AUGGAGGAUCGAAAGCAGACGAGUUUCACGUUUGAGAUAGAUAACUUCUCCGACAAGGAAGGUGCGAUAUCAUCACCAACAUUCUCAAGCGGCGGCUGCGAAUGGUUUGUAAUGGUUUAUCCAAAAGGAGAUAUUGUUGAUGAUCACUUGUGUCUAUACCUCAAUGUUGCGAAGCCUGAAUCAUUGAGACUUGGAUGGAAAAGACGAGCUGGUUAUUCCUUUGUUCUGUUGAAUCAAUCAGGCAAAGAGCUCUUCAUAAAAGAUGAAAUGUCCCCCAUCUUGUUUUGCGCUCAGAUCUCAUCAUGGGGUAGGGCAAAAGCCGUGCCACUUAAAGAUCUUCAAGAGAAAGGGUUUCUAGAGAAGAACAAACUGAUUGUUAAAGUGGAAGUAAAAAUAUUUGAUGAAGGAGAUGUAACUGGGAAUGAGACGGUACAUUGUAGUGGUUUACAAGUUCUUUAUUCUCAGGCUACUUCAGUGAGUAGGCUUUUCGUGAAGCACCCAAACAUUGCUUUGAAUUUCAAACCAAAGAGCCAAUUGGUGAAGACAACAUACAUUAAUAUCCUCCUCGCUCUCAUCGAGACACUGAACAAGCCUCCACAUAGCAUCACCAACACUGAGCUAAGCAACGCCCAGAGCGAGUUGAUUGAUCUAACAGAAGCAGGUUUCAACCUAGACUGGCUGAAGUCAAAGCUUGAUGAGGUUUCCUUGGAGAGGAAGAAAGCAAAUGAUGAUGCUUCUCGAGUCCAAGAAGAAUUCAAGAAAAACAUGCAGAAUAUCAAAGUCGAACUGAACGAGGAGAAGAUCAAAUCUGCUACUUCUGCUGCCAAAGUCUUGUGGUUAGAACAGACGGUGUCCAAUCUCAAAGCUCAGCUGAACAAGAAGAGAAAAUUAAGCCCUGAGUAA